UUACAUAAUAGCAAAGUGGAGAUAGAGUAAAGCGUUCAUAAUAAAGACAAUUAUUUUUUUAUUCUUGAUAUUGUUACUUUUUCUCGAGACAUAAUAAUUAUUUAUUUGAUUAGAUCAUCGAAUCUGUUAUUUUUCUAAUACUUUCUUGUUAUAGCUAUUUUUAUGCUAUUUACACAACUCACAGCGUUUAACAAGCAAUCGAUAUUUCAAGAUCGAACGCUAUUAACACUUUUAUUAUACUAGUAAUAUGGCAAAUCCUUCUUCUUCCUCUUUCAUUUCCAUCCCAACUUUCAAAUUCUUAACACAUAAUAACUCACCUUAUGCUAUUUACAUAAUUCAUCAGGUUCAACAAACCAUAGAGAUAUUUCACUGUUAUACUAACAACUUUUUGCAAUAGUGAUAUGGCAAAUUCUUCUUCCUCAACCAUUACCAUCCCAAACUUUCAACUGCAACACAUAACACACCUCAGAGACUACAUACCCCAAGCUCAAACACACCCUAAUCCACUUGCCUUUAACCCCUAUUUCCAGACCUUUCCAGGGUUCUUCCUCUCCCAAACUGACAUAGUCCUCCGCCAUAACGCCCUCGAUUUAUCUGGAACUUUCCCUACACCUACCCCACCAUUAGCUUACACCAGAGCUGGCCCUCGCAACAGGAUUUUCUUUAACCCUACACACGUGCAUGCUGCUGUUGUCACGUGUGGGGGUUUGUGUCCUGGGAUGAAUACAGUGAUAAGGGAGUUGGUUGUUGGGUUAUGGGAGUUGUAUGGAGUUCAUGAGAUAUUCGGGAUUAAAGCUGGUUAUAGAGGGUUUUAUAGCUAUGAACCAGUUAAGUUGAAUCCAAAAAUGGUUGAUGAUUGGCAUAAAAGAGGUGGUACUGUGUUGGAAACAUCUAGAGGUGGAUUUGAUCUUCAGAAGAUUGUUGAUGCUAUUCAGAAUCAUGGGUUUAAUCAGCUAUACAUCAUAGGAGGAGACGGUACAAUGCGUGGGGCAGUAGAGAUAUUCGAGGAAUUGAAGCGACGAAAAUUGUAUAUCUCAGUGGUCGGAAUCCCCAAGACAGUCGAUAAUGAUGUUGGCAUUAUCGACAGAUCAUUCGGGUUCCAAACUGCUGUAGAGAUGGCACAACAAGCGAUUAAUGCCGCUCAUGUUGAAGCAGUGAGUGCAGUGAAUGGCAUUGGGCUGGUUAAACUCAUGGGACGCAGUACUGGUCAUAUCGCACUACAUGCUACAUUGAGUAGCCGUGAUGUCGAUUGUUGUUUGAUUCCUGAAAUCGACUUCUUCUUGGAAGGUAAAGGAGGACUAUUCGAAUUUCUUGAAGAUCGAUUGAAGGAGAUGGGGCACGCGGUGUUGGUAGUAGCUGUAGCGGAGGGUGCAGGACAAGAUAUAAUUCCGAGGACUGAAUCUCAGAAAGCGGAGAAGGACGAGUCAGGCAACCCCGUCUUCUUGGACGUAGGAGUGUGGCUGAAGUCCGAGCUCAAGAAUUGGUGGAGCAGGGAUCAUCCGAACGAGUUGUUCACGAUAAAAUACAUAGAUCCUACGUACAUGAUACGCGCUGUUCCUGCCAAUGCAACGGAUAAUUCGUACUGCACGUUGCUGGCGCACUCGGCUAUUCACGGAGUUAUGGCCGGAUACACCGGGUUCGUUUGUGGACCUAUAAAUGGAAACUAUGCGUAUAUUCCGGUCGAUGAAGUUGCUAAAGCAAAGAACAAAGUUGAUACUAGAGAUCAUAGAUGGUCUUGGGUUCGAUCGGUUAGCAAUCAGCCCGAUUUCAUCAAAUGUUGACGGCUACGAAGAUGUAUGGUGACCGUAAAGAGGUUUAUCGACAGAACAGAAUGAAGAAGUACGUAGCGCUCUCUAACACUUUGGACACAUUUUCAGUGUUUUAACGGUGGCAUCUAGUCAGGUUGUGUGCAUUUGGACUAUUGCAUCGAAGGUCGGUGAGGCAUUGUAUCAAGUAUCGCAUAAUUAUGUAUACCGAUCACCGAUCACGUAUACUAGUGGUGGUUGUCUCUGUUGGAAUUUGAAUCUUGGGGUUUCGACCCUUUUCAUCGGGUUGGGUUUGUUUGUAUAUAUGUAACUAAAAAAUAGAGAUAAGCAUCCCGGGAAGCCAAGUUGCUAUGACAUAUUUCAUUUCAAUUUUA